AUGCAUCUUUCAAAAGUUGCUGUAACACUCCUUGCCUUCUUCAGCAAUGCAUCUCUUGCCAUAGAGCUACCAGCUGGUGUGCCUCGAUCUCUCGAGGAAUUCCGAGCAAAGCAUCCCUAUCGAGCACGGAGUACGAAAGGCGAUUGUCGCAAAGUGACCAGGAUACGCCCAUCUAAGCACGAUACUGACGACAUUUCGGAUGAUUUUCUGGAGGGAAUUAAACAGGCCAACAAUGGCGGACUGCUUCACCUGCCCAAAGACGAGCUCUUCGUCAUCGGCAAGCCACUGGACCUGACCUUCCUCAACGACAUCCACGUCCGUCUGGACGGCAAGAUCUUGUUCACCGACAACGUUCCUCAAUGGCAAGCUACGGCGUUCAAGCACCCCUUCCAGACAAAUCUCCUUUUUUGGAAAUGGGGCGGAAAGAACUUCAAAAUCUACGGCGACGGCGUCAUCGACGGCAACGGCGAGCGUUGGUGGCGUGAGUUCGGCGAGCUUGACCUCCCCGCGGACAACAAUUACACCUAUGCCCGGCCCAUUCUCUUCUAUGUAGGAGACGCCGCCAAUGUGCAGAUUGAAGGGAUCCAGUUCAAAGAUGGUCCGAUCUGGCACCAGCUGAUCGAACGCACCGAGGGCAUCUCCUACCGCGAUGUCUCCUGCACUGCUCGCCCACGAGACCAGACUGUCCGGCCUGCGAACACGGACUUUUUCAACUCCCUCAACGUCAGGGACGUCUCGGUUGAGCGCGUCUGGGUCGACGUCGGCGACGACUGUUUCUCGCCAAAAUCAAACGGUACCAACAUUCACGUCAACCACAUGUACUGCAAUGGCACACACGGCCAGUCCCUCGGUUCUCUGGGAGAACACAAGGGUGUCAUGUCCUUCGUCGAAGACGUCGUGAUCGAGAAUGUCUGGAUGCUCAACGGCGGCCACGGCAGCCGCAUCAAGGUCUGGGCCGGACCGACCGCCGGCCACGGCUACGUCAACAAUGUCACUUUCCGGAAUUUCUGGAACGCCAACAACGAAUGGGUCGCAUUCCUCGACUCUUGCUACUGGAAUAUCAAUGCCCAGACCUGCGAGGCAUACCCGGCCGGCAUGUCCAUCACCAACGUCCUCUUUGAGAACUUUACGGGCUCGACGCGCGGGAUCCGCGGCCGUGCCGUCGCCAAGCUGACGUGCUCGACGAGCCCCGACGCCGUGUGCGACAAUAUCCGCUUCCGCAACUUUGCCGUGCGGUCGCCGUGCGGCGGGCCUGCGAUUGCCAUUUGUGACGGCGUGACGGGCGACACGGGGGAUCUGCCGUGUUAUGCGGCGGACAGUGCCGAGGCGAAGGCUGCGCUGCGGGAUACGUGUGUCGGGGAGAAGUCUGAGUAUGUGGGGAAGCCAUGGACGGAUGGCGGGCCUGGCUUCUGA